AUGAGUUAUAAUUCGGGUGGAAGUAGUAGCAAGGGCUUCGGCUUCGCUGGUUUCACGAUGCCAAAGCGGAAUCCUUCGAACGUGUCUCUUCACGCUGUGCCACCUCCGUCGUCGCAGAUGAAUGCAGUUCCUCCACCGACCACCGGCUUAUCGAAGCAGGGGUACUCUACAAUGAACUCAAUUACACAGAACGCUGUCACGGGAAAUUGGGGAACUUUGGGCAAGAAAAGAUCAAAGACUGAAGAUGAAUACUUUGAUGAAGAUGAUGAGCCUCCUACACCAGCUUUAGCGUACAUACCGGCACCUGGCAGCCCUACAUAUGAUGCUGCUUCAAGUUCUAAGGCUGAAGACGACGAAGAAGAUCCUUUAGAUGCCUACAUGGCAGGUCUAGAGCAACAGGCAGCAAAGGAUCUUGUUGCCAGCAAGGAGAAUGCUGCCAGUGGUAAAGAAGAAACUGGGAGAGGGACUAGAGGUGAUAUUGAUGAGAUGGAUGAUGAGGAGAGUUACUAUAAGUAUAUGGAAGAAAAUCCCCUUAAUACUGGUGAUGAUGGAUCUGAUGUAGAAAUAGAGUAUGACGAAGAUGGCAACCCCAUACCUCCCCCAAAGAAGAAGUUUAUCGAUCCCUUACCUCCCAUAGACCACUCGGAAAUUGAGUAUGAGCCUUUUGAGAAGAACUUCUACACUCCACAUGAAGAUAUCGAGAAUUUAACAUCACAGCAGGUUGAGGAAUUGAAGAAGAAUUUAGGAGUCAAGAUAUCUGGUCCAGACCCUCCGCGCCCAGUUAGCAGCUUUGCCCAUCUUGGUUUCGACGAGCAGUUGAUGCGAGCUAUCCGCCGCUCUGAAUAUACGCAGCCCACUCCAGUGCAGGCCGCUGGUGUCCCUGCUGCACUGUCAGGAAGAGAUAUUAUAGGUAUCGCUCGCACUGGUUCUGGUAAGACGGCGGCAUUCUUAUGGCCACUUUUGGUGCAUAUCAUGGACCAGAAGGAAUUGGCUCCAAACGAUGGCCCUAUUGGGCUCAUAUUGGCUCCAACUAGGGAGUUAGCGCAACAGAUUUACAUGGAGGCCAAGCGUUUCGGCAAGGUGUACAAUAUCAGAUGUGUGUGCUGUUAUGGAGGUGGUUCCAAAUGGGAACAGGUCAAGGCAUUAGAAGGUGGUGGCGCAGAAAUAGUGGUGGGUACCCCCGGCCGUGUGAUCGACCUGAUCAAAUGUAAGGCGACUAAUUUGCAGCGGGUCACUUACUUAGUGCUUGAUGAAGCUGACAGAAUGUUCGAUAUGGGGUUCGAGCCGCAAGUCCGUUCCAUUUGCAACCACGUGCGACCUGAUCGCCAAGCCUUACUGUUUUCUGCCACCUUCCCUCGGAGAGUGGAACGUUUAGCUCGUGAUGCGUUGCACGAUCCCGUAAGAGUUCAACAUGGCGCAGCAGGAGAAGCUAGUGAUCUGGUCCGGCAGCAUGUUAGAAUAUUCAACAAACCAGAGGAGAAAUGGUCGUGGUUACUUCACAAUUUAGUUGAAUUCCUGUCAGCAGGGAGCGUGUUAAUUUUCGUCACGAAAAAGUUAGAAGCUGAACAGACCGCAGCAAACCUUGGUGUGCAACAGUAUGAUGCCUUACUUCUUCACGGAGAUAUGGAGCAGGCUGAUAGGAAUAAGGUUAUUACGGCGUUCAAAAGGAAAGAAAAUAAUAUACUCGUUGCGACUGAUGUUGCAGCGCGCGGGCUGGACAUCCCGCACAUCCGCACGGUGGUGAACUACGUGGUGGCGCGCGACAUCGACACGCACACGCACCGCGUGGGACGCACGGGACGCGCCGGCGUGCAAGGGGACGCCUGGACGCUGCUCGCGCGAGACAAGGACAAGGACUUCGCCGGCCACCUGCUCAGGAACCUCGAGGGCGUGCAGCAGGAAGUACCUGAAGAGUUGAUGCAGCUCGCGAUGCAGUCAGCCUGGUUCCGUAAGUCGCGCUUCAAGAAGGGCAAAGGCAAGAAUUUAAAUGUUGGCGGCUGUGGACUCGGGUACAAGGAGCGGCCGGGGCUCCCGCACAAGGAGGAGCCGUCGCCGGCCGCGGCGCUGGACAAGCACGGGCCCGCCACCGACCGCCUCGCCUCGCUCAAGGCUGCCUUCCGCUCGCAGUACAACCAGUUCACAGCCUCCUCAGACCACUCCUGGGAACAAACCCGCCCUGUCAUACAGCCAGGCGUUAACGCACCCGCAUCGCAAUCAAGCGAAGAGAAGGCAGAGAGAAUCAGAAAGAGUGGCAAGAGGAGUCGAUGGGAGUAG